AUGAAAUUCAGAAACAAAAAGAACAAGGAUCAGGGUGGCCUAAAUUCUAAUAUGUUUGGAUUCAUUGAAGGGGUGUUCCUGGUUCUGACUAUCACUGAGUUUAUUCUUGGAAAUCUGGUGAAUGGUUUCAUUGUGUCAAUCAAUAGCAGCUAUUGGUUCAAGAGCAAGAAGAUUUCUUUGUCUAACUUCAUCAUUACCAGCUUGGCCCUCUUUAGGAUCUUUCUGUUGUGGAUUAUCUUUAUUGAUAGUCUUGUAAUAGUGUUCUCUUACCAUACUCAUGACUCAGGGAUAAUGAUGCAACUAAUUGAUGUUUUCUGGACAUUUACAAACAACUUCAGUAUUUGGCUUAUCUCCUGUCUCAGUGUUUUCUACUGCCUGAAAAUAGCCAGUUUCUCCCACCCCUCAUUCCUCUGGCUCAAAUGGAGAGCUUCUAGAGUAGUUGUUGGGAUGCUGUGGGGCGCACUGCUCUUAUCCUGUGUCAGUACCAUGUCUCUGAUGAAUGAAUUUAAGAUCUCUUCUGCCCUCACUGGAAGCAAAGACACACCAAAUAUGACUGAAUACAUCAGAUUGAAGAGACAGGAAUAUAAUCUGAUGCAUGUUCUUGGGAAUCUGUGGAAGAUUCCUUCCUUAAUUGUUUCCCUGGUUGCCUACCUUCUGCUCCUUCUCUCUCUGGGGAAGCACACACAGCAGAUGCAGCAAUACAGUAUUGACUCCAGAGAUCAGAGUGCUGAGGCCCACAAAAGAGCCAUGAGAAUCAUCUUUUCCUUUCUCUUAUUCUUCCUAGUCUACUUUCUUUCCUUUAUAAUUUUGUCAUCCAGUCGUUUCCUACCAGAAACCAGGAUCGCCAGGAUAAUUGGAGUAGUAAUUUCAAUGUCAUACCUUGUUGGUGAUUCAUUUAUUCUCAUAGUAUGUAACAACAAGCUGAAGCAUACAUUUGUGACCAUGCUCCCAUGUGAGUGUGGUCAUCUGAAACCUGGAUCUAAGGGACCCUCUGCUUCAUAA